AUGGCGUCUGAACAGCCUACCGAAACGCCCUCCGGUGGCUCCCUCGGAGAUCGCAUUUCCAAGCCCGAUGAAGCAAAGCCUGAAGAGAAGCCAUCAGAAAACACGGAGGCGCCCGAGCAGACCGAUGGAACCCCGACACUACUAGGAGGCUCCGACCUUCAGGAGCCUGACUACUCAGUGGAGGUUAAGCUGAGUGAUCUUCAGGCCGAUCCUAAUAACCCCCUAUACUCUGUCAAGAACUUUGAAGACCUGGGAUUAGACCCCCGCAUCUUGCAAGGACUGUCCGCCAUGAAUUUCCGCAAACCAUCGAAAAUCCAAGAAAGAGCACUUCCCCUGCUUCUGAGCACCCCCGCGAAGAACCUCGUCGGUCAAUCCCAGUCGGGUACCGGAAAGACCGCCGCAUUCGUUUUGAACAUCCUAAGUCGCUUGGACCUUUCGUCAGAACAACAGCAGAAGACGCCCCAGGCCCUGAUCCUCGCUCCGACUCGUGAGUUGGCGCGUCAGAUUGUCGGCGUCAUUCAGGUCAUGGGUCAGUUCCUGGAUGGACUUGCCAUUGGUACCGCCGUUCCCGCCGACACCAACAGCCGUGUCGCCAAGAUGGAAUGCUCCGUGGUCGUUGGUACCCCGGGAACAGUGAUGGAUAUGGUCAAGAAGCGCAUUAUGGUCGCUAAUAAGUUGAAGGUGCUUGUUCUGGAUGAGGCCGAUAACAUGCUAGAUCAGCAAGGUCUGGGUGACCAGUGUAUCCGUGUCAAAGCGCUGCUCCCAAAGGAUAUCCAAAUCGUUCUAUUCUCCGCCACAUUCCCUGUUCACGUUCACCAAUACGCGUCGAAAUUUGCGCCGAACGCAAACGAAAUUACCUUGCAGCAUGAGGAACUGACGGUCGAGGGCAUUAAACAAUUGUACCUUGACUGCUCCGAUGAGGAAGACAAGUAUAAUACCCUUGUGAAGCUGUACGGACUUCUUACUGUCGGAUCCUCAAUCAUUUUCGUCAAGACACGUGCGUCUGCGGUGGAAAUUGAGAAGCGCAUGGUGGCGGAAGGCCACACGAUUGCCUCCCUGACUGGUGGCAUUGAGGGCUCACAGCGUGAUGCUGUCAUUGAUCAGUUCCGUGCUGGCCAUGCCAAGGUCUUGAUUACGACCAAUGUUCUUGCUCGAGGAAUCGACGUAUCCACGGUCUCCAUGGUUAUCAACUACGAUAUCCCCGAGGUCCAUCAGCCGGGAGCUCGCGAGCGCCAAGCCGACUUCCAGACCUACCUGCACCGUAUCGGUCGUACAGGACGUUUCGGCCGUGUCGGUGUCUCGAUCUCGUUCGUCUCGAACCGCGACGAGUGGAACAUGCUCAACCAGAUCCAGAAAUACUUCAACACGAACAUCCAGCGGAUCGAUACCAGGGACUGGGACGAGGUGGAGGAUGUGAUCAAGAAGACAAUCAAGAACACCCGUGCGCAAGCAGGAUUUCGAUGA